AUGAGAAAUGUCACCUCAACCUCAGCCUCAACCUCAAGAAAUGCAGAGAAGUUCCUGCCCAAGUUAUUGGAUCGUCUGGGAAAAGCCAAAGCCAAGGUCAUUGCCAACAUAAAUCCAGGUGAUGAUCAGGAAGUGGUUCUGAGUCGCUUCAAAAAGAUUGAAAAUGGGCUUCAACAAAUAGAAGACUUAAAAUUGCUACCUAGAGUUACGCUCUGGGAGCACAAUCUGUUCAACCAAUUCACUGUCUUAGAACGUCGAGUUGACAAGUUUUUCUUGGGAGAUGAUGAGAGCAAUGCUUUCAUCAGGCUGGAGGCAAUCACCAGCUUGCUGACUCGCAUGAUUGAAAAUGUCGACCAAAUAAAAGCCUCAAUCCCUGUAGUGAAGUUAAUGCCGAGUUACCCUGAGCGCAGUUUAGAGUUUACACAUUGGUCUCAGCCGGAGUUGGGUUUAACAGCAACUAAGAAGCUAUCACAAGAGUUGUCACAAAUGGGCGUGGAGAAAGGAAUUUACGAAAGCCGUGCCAUGGCUAAUAUGAUGAGGAGUUACGAGCAUCUUGAGGGCGCCGAGUUGAGGCUCUGCUUCCUCUCUUUCUCAAUCUUCCCUGCGGAGUCUGUGAUAAAGAAAAGGCCUCUAAUUUACUGGUGGAUUGGGGAGGGCUUCAUCACGGGCACCCAAGACAAGACAGCCGAAGAGGUAGGGGAAGAAAUCUUUGGCAAACUCAUGAAACAGGGCUUGAUUCAACCACAUGGAAAUGCUGUUAAUGCAUCCAGUAGUUCCACUAGUUGCACGCUGCACCCUUGGAUUCGUUAUAUGCUGAUAGGCUUGGCCAGGGAUGCUCUGCUCUUCCACUUUGAUUCAUCAUGGCCGUGGAUGCCAUCAUGUCAAGCGUCAGUUUGCAGGCGCCCGUGCUUAGUUUUUGAUCAGAACCCGACUUCUCUGGGGGAGGAAGAUCCGUUGACAGUAUUCAAUGUGAACAGAAACUAUCUUAGUUUCAAACGUGAAUGGCUUAGCAAGUUGAAGAACGUUGUUGUUCUUCAGCUGGGACGGUGGCAGAGCUCACCUACGCAUCACAUUGAAGUGGACGAUGAAGGAUUAUUUUUGAAAGGUAUUGGGGCUCAGCACUACUUGAGCUUCAAGUAUCUUAGUCUCCGAGGAAUAUCAGGAAUAACGAGGAUUCCUUCUUGUAUCUUUAACAUCAUCAGCCUUGAAAUUCUGGAUCUGAGAGCAUGCCACAAUUUAGAGACAUUGCCUUCGGAUAUCUCAUCGUUGAGGAAGCUCACUCAUUUGGAUAUAUCAGAGUGUUACUUGCUGGAAGGCAUGCCAAAAGGGAUUGGCAAACUCUCUUCCCUCCAAGUACUUAAAGGUUUUCUGAUAGCCAAUUUGAAAAAUACUCCCUCAAGACUCGGUGACCUUGCCAAGUUGAAGAAACUAAGGCGGCUAAGUAUAUACAUAGGGAAUGAGGCCGUAAUGCAUGACAAUGAGUUUGAAACUUUGAAGGAAAUUUCAUCUCUUCGCCGCCUCAAAAUAUCAUGGGCAGUGGUUUCUUCAGAGUUGAAAGAAAAGAUUUCCCUCCAGUCCCGGGAUUUCUCGUCCCUGCCCGAUUUAGAAAAAUUGGAUCUUCAAGGCAUCCCUCUGAGAAAAGUACCGCCAUGGCUGAACCCGAAGCAACUGAAAAAUUUAAAGAAGCUCUAUAUAAGAGGCGGGGAACUUGAUAGCUUGCAACAUGCAGGGGAGGAGACUGUCACUGAGUUUAAGUGGAGGGUGGAAAUCUUGCUUCUCAAGUACUUGAGUAAUAUGAAAAUAGAACUUACAGAGGUGGAGGAUCAGUUUCCUCAUCUGUUGUACUUGGAGAAAGUCAAAUGCCAUGAGAUUGAAAAGGACAAAUAUGAGAAAAACAUAUUUUGGAGCAAAUCUCAAGGUCAGAAAUUAAGCAACUGCUGAAAAAUGUAGCAGGGCUUAGUCAAGGUGCAAUGACUUGGCAUCACAAUAAAAGCAAUCCAACUGUGCCUUGCCGGGGACCAAGAAACACACAUUCAGCUGGCUUCAAAUACCUUAAUUGUAUUCGUUUUGUUCUUGUUUAAAAGUGAAGAAUUAAUUGUGAAGAAUUAAUUCUCUAA